UCUUUUUCUUGUUUUAGUCUUGGACGGGCAGGGGGACUGUGGUUUUCCUGACAUUCCUGGGAACACAUCCAAACAGAGAAAAAGGGACGGAAAAUACUUCACUUUCCCGAGUUUUACUUCAGCUUUGGAGACAUAUAUAAAACCUGCAGCUCUCUCAUCCGGAAACAGAAGAAAGGCAGAAUUGAAGGCGAUACAUAGGGGCAGUAUAUUAUUAGCAGCUCUGAAUUAAUUGCACAAAACAGUCACCCAGCAGAGGACAACAUAUUUUCAUGAGGUGGAUUUUUUUGUGGCCAUGGAUACAGAAAAAGACUGCACCUUGAAUUCUGUCACUGGAAUAUAACUGAGUUUUGAAACAAACUUUUGGAAGCGCUGUGUUAUUGGAGACAAUGCAAUUUUGUUUCAUAUUUAGAAGUUUUGCAGUAUAUGGAGUUUAAUUCAAUGCAAAUUACUGUAUUGAAAAUGUGACACACCGUUUGGCAUAUAAAAUAGACAAGUCUGGAAUAGCUGUCUUUAUUUUCUAACUGGAAGAAUGAUUUAUUACUUUGGAGGACAGGUAACAUACUGUUGCAGUUUUUGUUUGUUUAAUACAUAAUUUAAUUACUAAUAUUACUGGUGUUUGCAUUUUAUUCAUACAAUCUAAUCACACGCAUUUGCGAGAUUGCUUAAAAUAAUUAUGAUUUGAACAUCAAAAGAAAGGAAAGAAAUGGAGAUCAUUUGCACUAAAUAUUAGACUUGUAAAAUAAAAAUAAUAUAUAAAAAAAAAAAACACCUAUGUCCGUUUAUUGCAAUCUUUUGAAUAUUACUUUAAUCGGUUUGUGAAAUGAUGCGGACAUUUAUGCUUGGUGUAGCCGUCCUGCUAGCGCUGUGGGCAGUGUGUUGUUCUCAGAACAAUUCCUCAGGCAGUCGAGGGAACCCCAGACUCAGGAAGCAGACUCUGUUGCGAGCCAGGCUCAACAAGGAAGGCCCUACCCUGCACACACAAUCAGACGCUGAGAUGUUGCAGCAAGAUGAGAGCGCCACCCCACUAAAGAGAGGGCAGUCCAGAGGAGUGCUGCAAAAUAGAAAAGUAACACAGGUGAGGAGCCCUGGCCAGCUGGCCAUGGUGCAAGAUGAGAGCACCUCCGGAUCCCGUUCUAGAUUGGCACGUGUGCCCUCAGGUUCCGGUUCACCCAAUCUUUUAGCGAGUUUCGCAGGCAAGAACAGAGUCAUUGUCAUCUCAGCUCCCCACGCCUCUGAAGGCUACUACCGCCUGAUGACCAGUCUCUUGAAGCCGGAUGUCUACUGCGAGCUGGCUGACAGACACAUGCAGCAGAUAGUGAUGUUCCACGAAGAUGGAGAGGUGGGUGGGAAAGUGAGAAGAAUUACCAACGAAGGUAAGAUCAAUGAGGAGCCUCUGGACCCAGCCCUCGUUCCCAAACUGAUGAACUUUUUAAAGCUAGAGAAAGGCAAAUUUGGGAUGGUGCUUCUGCGUAAAACCUUGCAGGUGGAGGAGAGGUACCCAUACCCGGUCAGGCUGGAGGCUAUAUAUGAAGUUGUUGACAAGUCACCCAUGCGGAAAAUUGAGAAAAUGAGGCAGAAGGGCUUUGUGCAGAAAUGCAAAGCAGCCGGGGUGGAGGGGCAAGUGGUGGAAAGCAGUGAGUCAGGGGGGGACAGGAAAGCUAGUGAGGGAGGCCCUGAACUCCCAACCAGAACAGACACCAAGGAGGAAAGGGACCCAGUGAAAAAGGAGAUUAGGAAGAAUGUGAUCAUAAGAAGGCCAGUCCAGACCACAGCUGCCCCAACUACCACCACUACAAGAGCCACCACAACAACUACAACCAGAACUACAACCACAACUAGGCCUACUACAACCACCACAACAACCACAACGACUCCUCCCACCACUACCAGGCCCACCACCACUACCACCAAAGCCACCACCACUACCACAACUUCCCCUGCAACAACUCAGAGGCCCACAAAAGCACCCACAACUCCCCACUGGACACAUGAGGUGCAUCGGCCUUCAACCGAGGGAGGCUCCACUGAGCCCAUCCAUUACCCACCCACCAAAUAUGACCACCGCAAGGAUAAGCAACAGCAGACCAUCACCACUGCUGGCAAGCCCCCCAAAACGCCUUCGUACCCUACUACCGCCCCAGUGUACUACACCAAGGCCUACACAGGACACAAUGGGGCCAACCGCAUGGAUAGGAAGGAGUACGGGCAAAAAGAGUUCAGUGUCACUCCGUCUCAACACAAGCCAACCAAAGCCAAGCCCCCCAAGAAGAAGACCACCACCAAGGUCCUGACCAAUGAGUAUGAUGACAAGUACGAAGGAGGGAAGCCCACUGCCGGCCGCACGGAGGGGGUGGCAGUGGAGAACAAACCCCAGAAGAAAGGGAAAGGCAAGCAUGACAAAGCCGCCAAAGCUGAAAAGAAGAAAAAGAAGACUGAGAAAGCAGAAAAGCUGUCCAAAAAGGAUAAAUCUGAAAAGAAGGCCAAAGACAAAAGCAACAGGAAGAACAAGAAAAAAGCACUCAAAAACCACGAGAAAGAUGACUACCAGAAACCCUCCAAAAAACAACCAGAACCCAGAGGGACUUUAGCCACGUUCCUGGAUUAUUUUGAAAACCGUAGGCGGCUAAUUCUGAUCACAGUGCCCCAUGAAGAAAAUGACAUGUAUGUACAGCAGCGAGAUGAGUACCUGGAACACGUAUGUGAAAUGGCCAUUAGGAAAAUCUCCAUCAUUACCAUCUUUGGGAGUCUGACCAAUAGCACCAUGAAAAUCGACCAUUACCAAUUGGAAAAUGAGAAGGCCAUGAGGGGUUUGAAGGAGGAUGACCUUCUGGAUCAGGACCUCAUCAUUGAGCUGAGGAAGGAGUACGGCAUGACCUACAAUGAAUUCUUCAUGGUGAUGACUGACUUCGACAUGAAGGUCAAGCAAUACUACGAAGUGCCCAUUGCAAUGAAGGCAGUGUUUGAUUACAUUGAUAUUUUUCAAUCGCGCAUCAAGGAAAUGGAAAGACAGAAGAAAGAGGGGAUAUCGUGUAAGAAGGAAGACCGACCCCGCUCCCUGGAAAACUUUUUGUCAAGGUUCCGCUGGAGACGGAGGCUGUUUCUUAUAUCUGCACCAAAUGAUGAAGAAUGGGCCUACCAGCAGCAGCUUUACGCCUUGACUAGCCAGGCCUGCAACCUGGGUCUGCGACACAUAGCUGUUCUGAAGUUGGUUGGUGUGGACCUUGAGGCUGGGGGAGUUUUGGAAUUAUUUCCUAUUAACGGUAGUGCUACUGUGGAUCGAGAAGGACUUUCACUCUCCCUGGUGAAGGACAUCAGGAACUACUUCCAGAUAAGUCCUGAAUAUUUCUCAAUGCUGCUAGUGGGGAAAGAUGGAAAUGUUAAAUCCUGGUACCCGUCUCCAAUGGGGUCUAUGGCCAUCAUCUACGACCUUCUAGACUCGAUGCAGCUCCGCCGUCAAGAAAUGGCCAUUCAGCAGUCACUGGGCAUGAGGUGCCCUGAAGACGAAUAUGGGGGGUAUGGUUACCACCACGGAUACGAAGAGGGCUAUCAGGAUGACCACCACCACCAUUACCGUUGAUACUAUUACUAAGUGAAAAAAAUGAAACUGUUGACUCAAGUAGUCUUUUGUUUUGAAUAUUUACUUACUUGCAAAGUUUCAUUCCAAUAGUACCAGAGCUCCCCCCCCCCCCCCUAUUUUAAUGCCUAUUUGAAGCCUAAAACAAAUAAACAUUUUCUUUCUUUUUUUUCUUUUUUUUUUUUUUUUUUAUAAAUUCCAGUACUAAAGUGAGUAAGAGUGGAUAAAAUGAUCAGGCAACUGUGAAAUUGGGGGAAAAGGGUUAUUUCUAAGCCAUGGACAUUGUAUUGUAGAUCAUUAAAAAGACACUUGUAGAGACAUUUUAAUUUUUUAUGUUACAUUUGUAUUUAUUGGAUAUUGACUCCUUGUUUCAUAUAUUAAAAUCAGCUACAGAUCACAGCUGUAUCACUGGUCAGCUACUGUACUGCUGAUACAACAUGAAAAAGCAAGUUCAAUUUCUUUCCCCUGAAAAAGAUCAGUCAUUACAUAUUUUCUUAUUUAUAUGCAGAUGUGUGUACCAUAUGACAAAUAAAACCCUUUAUACUAUCACCCAUUCAAA